GCUUGCUUUCGCAUCUCUAGGGUUUAAGAACGAGAGUUCCCAAUUAAGGGUUUAUCUGUCAACAAUCCCCAAUACUCCUUCAAACGUCACAAUUCCAAACCUUCUCUUGAAUCCAAAUUUAGGGUUUACUUGCUGCAAAAAAAUCAACAUAAUUGCAAGCAGAAAUGAAGGUCAAAGUGAUUUCGCGUUCUACAGAUGAAUUCACUCGUGAACGAAGUCAAGAUUUACAGAGAGUAUUUCGGAACUAUGAUCCUAGUCUUAGACCUCAGGAGAAGGCAACGGAGUAUGUUCGAGCUCUUAAUGCAGCUAAAUUAGAAAAGAUUUUUGCAAAGCCCUUUGUUGGGGCAAUGGAUGGGCAUAUAGAUGCUGUUUCAUGUAUGGCUAAGAAUCCAACUUAUUUGAAAUCGAUAUUUUCGGGUUCCAUGGAUGGAGAUAUUCGUCUUUGGGAUAUUGCUUCCAGGCGAACUGUUUGUCGUUUUCUUGGUCAUCAAGGUGCAGUAAAAGGUUUGGCAACAUCGACAGAUGGACGAAUUCUUGUGUCAUGUGGACUUGAUUGCACUGUGAGGCUGUGGAAUGUUCCAGAUCCGUUUAUCACAGACACUAAUGAAUCUUCUGAUAUCACUCCAACGCCUUUUGCCGUUUACACUGGGCAAUACGCAUACAAAGCUAUUGAUCACCAGUGGGGCAGGGAUUGUUUUGCUACAGCAGGUGCACGACUGGAUGUAUGGGAUCAGAACAGGUCACAGCCAAUAAAUAGCUUUGAAUGGGGAGUUGACACUAUUGUAUCUGUUCGUUUCAACCCUGGAGAGCCAAAUAUCCUGGCUACAUCAGGCAGCGAUCGCAGCAUUGCAAUCUAUGAUCUUCGUUUGUCUACCCCAGUGAGGAAGAUUAUCAUGCAGACGAAAUCUAACUCAAUUGCUUGGAAUCCAAUGGAACCAUUGAACUUCACUGCUGCAAAUGAGGAUACCAACUGCUAUAGCUAUGAUCUUAGAAAGCUGGAUGGUGCUACGUGUGUUCAUCAAGAUCAUGUCUCUGCAGUGAUGGACAUUGAUUACUCUCCCACAGGUCGAGAAUUUGUCACUGGGUCUUAUGAUAGAACAGUAAGAAUUUUCUCCUAUAAUGGUGGCCAUAGUCGGGAAAUAUAUCAUACCAAGAGGAUGCAAAGGGUAUUCUGUGUCAAGUUCAGUGGGGAUGCUUCAUAUGUUAUUUCUGGAAGUGAUGACACUAACUUGCGGCUGUGGAAAGCUAGAGCAUCUGAACAACUUGGAGUUCUACUUCCUAGGGAGAGAAAGAAGCACGACUAUGAUGAGGCUGUAAAGAACCGCUAUAAGCACCUCGAUGAAGUGAAGCGUAUUGUAAGGCACAGACACUUGCCUCUAUCAAUUUUCAAAGCCCAGAAUUUAAGACGUACAACAAUUGCAGCUCAGCGUAAGAAAGAUGAUAGAAGAAGAGCUCACAGCGGCCCAUCCAGCGUGCAAAAGAAGCCUCUGCGAACAAGCAAAAUUGUCAAAGAAAUUGAAUGAGUUGCAUCUGCUUCAAAUUUAUAAGCUAGACCCAAUCCCAGCAUCUACAAGCUUGCUUGCAACUAAAAUGUAUGCACAGAGAAGACUAUGAUUAUCAAUUCAGCAAAGUGGGAUAUCUCUAUAUCAGAACAUAGGGACAGAAUUUAUUAUAUUUUCCUUAGAUAGGAGAAAUUUUGGAACAAGUGUAGAGUGACAUCGUUUAAUCCCAAUCUGUAGAUUAGUCAAUGCACCUAAACACAAUCUUGAUACCUUGUAUGUUAGUAUUAAAUAUUUAAUUAAUUUUAAUUUGGUUGUUAUGCUCUCGGAA